GAGGCACAAACAAACAUCUGCCCCAGGCCGGAGGGCUCUCACGCUGGGCUGCGGCGCGUUCCCCGCUCGCGGGGUCCUGGGGGUCCGUGUGUCCCCGCGCCGUCUGCGCGCCCGCGGGGAGGGCGACCCGCAGGAGUGGCAGUGCGGAGCCUGAGCGCGCCGUGCCGGCCGGUCGCGACGUCCCCCGAACAGGAAUUCGCUCGGGGCUGCGACUGCACCAGCGGCGGGGACAGGGGGCGGGGAGGCGGCCAGAUCAAAGGGAGCCGAGACUGUCCGGGCGCGUCGAGGAGCCGCCCCUCCGGGAAGGGCGGAGACAUCCCGGGCGCUGACCCGAGAGCCGCACGGUUCCCCCGCCCCGCGCGUCCCCGCGACCGCCGGUCUCCCCCACCUCCCGCCCCCGCCCCUCGCCCCCCGCGGCCGGCGCGCUCCCGCCCUUGGAGGAGGCGAGGCCCGGCGCAAACGGACGCGCGGGAGCGGCUCGGGAGGCGCGGAGGCUCGGCGCGGAGCAGCGCCGGCAGGGAGACGAUGCCUCGACUGCCCGGCCGCGCGGGGCUCCUCCUCGGCGUGGUGCUGCUGGCGGCGCUGCUGGCCGCGGGCCGGGCGCUCCCCCUGAGGAAGCCGCGGCCCCGGAGCCCCACGAGGCUGGCGGAGGUCUCAGCCUCCCCAGAUCCCAGCUCUCCUAGGGAAGAGGAGAGGACCCCCCUGCUCCCCAGAACCCGCCUCCAGGCAGGGCCACGCCAACAUAGGCGCCGGGCUCUCAGUGAGCCAGCAGCCCUGAGCCUGGACAAGGCGUCCAUGCCAAGGACCCUGGAGGACACUCCCUUGCUGCUGGAGCUGCAGAAGCUGCCAGGAUUGGCCAACACAGACUUGACUGCCCCAAACCCCAAUAUCCAGGUGACCAUCGAGGUGGUGGAGGAUCCCCAGGCCGAGGUGGAGAUGGACCUAUUGGCUGAGCCCAGCAGUCGCUGGCCCCAGGGUGCCUCUAGCUGGCUGUCUGCCAAGGAGCUCUUCUGGCCCCUAUUCUGGAGCUACCUGGAGGGCGAGGAGGGGAGGACCAAUCUCAAGGGCAGAGCCCCAGGGGAAGAAGAGGAGGAGGAAGAAGUGGAGGAGGAGGAUUACCCUGCAGAGUAUAGUGAGAGUGAGGACCAGGAGGACAACGAGGAGGAAGAGGAGGAGGAGGAGGAUCCUGGGUUCAGUGGGGCCACAGGCAGCUGGGAGCAGGGCUGGCUGGCCCCUGGGGACUGGGCCUUCAAGGAGCCAGACGGCUAUGACUAUGAGCUUCAAGAGGAGUGGAGCCCCUGGUCUCCCUGCAGUGGGAGCUGCGGCAGCGGCAGCCAGAGGAGGACUCGGCCCUGCGGCUACGCCUGCACUGCCACCGAGUCCCGUGCCUGCGACCUGCCCCUUUGUCCUGGCACCGAGGACAAGGACCCCUCGGGCUUCCCCGGUGAGGGGUGGCCGCCCCUGGCCCACAAUGCUACGGACAUGCUCAGCCCAGAUGUGGAUAGCUGUGAGAAGUGGCUGAACUGCAAGAGUGACUUCCUAGCCAAGUACCUGAGUCAGGUGCUGCAGGACCUGCCCAGCUGCCCAUGUGCGUACCCGCUGGAGGCCGUGUACAGCGCGGUGAGCCUGCAGGAUGAGCACCGGGGCCGAAGCUUCCAGUGGAGGGAUGCCAGCGGGCCUCGAGAGCACCUGGACGUGUACCAGCCCACGGCGCGCUUCUGCCUGCGCUCGCUGCUGUCCGUGGAGAGCAGCACCCUGGCCGCCCAGCACUGCUGCUACGAUGCGGGCAGCCGGCUGCUGACUCGGGGCAAGGGCGCCGGUGCGCCUGACCUCGUCAGCACCGACUUCUCACCUGAGCUGCACUUCAAGGUGGACACGCUGCCCUGGAUCCUCUGUAAGGGGGACUGGAGCCGCUACCACGCUGUGCGGCCUCCCAACAAUGGCCGGGCCUGCGCCGACAACCCUCCCGAGGAGGAGUACCUGGCCCAGUUGCAGGAGGCCAAGCAGUACUAACCAGGGGGCUGCUGUUCUGGAGAAGAUUCCUCUGCACACCCCUCACCCUGCCUCUGCCCAGACCCCGUGAGGCCGGCCGGCCUGGUGCCGCGGGCCCUCUGCUUGUGAACCCAAGGCAGGUCAGCACCCCAGGUGUCGGUGUGGGGCUGGGGACAAGGUCGAGGGGUGUACAGGGCCCAGGCUGAGGGAGGGAGCUCAGCCCCCAAGGUCUCUGGGUGAUGGGGGAGGGGGGAAGUGUGUGUCUGUGGGGGCUGCCCUCUCCUGCCCCCUGGGAGGUGCUGUCCCAGCCUGGCCACUCAUUUUCCUCCCUCUCCCUCUGAGCUGGGCUCUUCCACCCUGGCUCUGGGCACACGUCGUGAUUCCCAGGGCCUGUGGUGCCACAGCUGCAUUUUGUCAGGCUGACAGCCAGCCUAGCAGCCAGCCCUCUUUAUCUCUGGUUGGUUGCGGGAGGCCCUCUUGUCCCACCCCUGCUGGGAGCCACCACAGACCCACACCGGGGCCCUAACAGGUUCUCCUCAACUCCGAGCUGCUUUUCAGUGGACACUACUUUGGUUAGGGCUGAAGUCAACCCGUGGGGCCCAGUGUGGACAGACAGGCUGAGGUGGCCGAGACAGGGCCGGCUCCUGGCUGGGAAUGGGUCAACCAAUUCAGGUCCCUUUCUUUGUCCAGCAAUCUCUGCUCUGUCCAGGUUGUAGGGAUGUGCAGAACUGGAUGGCACUGCCCUGAAUGGACACAGCUGCCAGGUCUGGGUGGGCUCAGAACAGCUCAGGAGGAUGUGCACCAUGGUGAGCUGGUACACCAGUUCUCAGCUCGGGGUUGGCGGCAGGGAAGCCCAGAUUUGGGCAGUUUCUGUGGUGUUUGUAAAGGCUCCCACCAUGGCCCACUUGACACUCCCGAGGUGAUGUCAUUGAAUGCACUGAGCUCAGAGCUGGGAAGAGAUGCACAUAAUCGGCUCACCUAGCAAACCUGGUGCUUCUUCCCUGCCCUCCUCACCCCCAAAAUCUUACUUCCUUGCCUUGUGUGGGGUUGAAGGGCUGAAGUCCCCACCAUCCUGUUCACAAAAGCUCCAAAAGGUGGGAACUUCAGCCCCUAGACAGCCGCCCUGAAGCUCUUUGUGAUCCUCAGCAAUAAAGCACUUUAUUUUCAAA